GCUGGACGCACCUCUCCGUAGCGGAGGAGAACCGGGACCGGGAUUAUCUACAGAUCCGGAUGCGUUCAUGUCGUUUCACAAUGCAGAGCCUUUAAGAGAUAGCAGAGGUCAGUGAGCAGCCUGAUGUCCAGGAGAGGAGGUCACUGCUCCGGGGCUGCAGGGGAUCACAGCCCUGCCUCCAGCCCCAGCUCCAGCCCCGAUGGUCGGCUGCAGGGGACCGGGGGUGUCGGUGGAAGAGGCCGGCCGGCAGCAGCGAACGCAGCCCGGGAGAGGAGCCGCGUCCAGACCCUGCGGACCGCCUUCCUGGAGUUGCAGAGGACGCUGCCCUCCGUGCCGCCAGACACCAAGCUGUCCAAACUGGACGUGCUGAUCCUCGCCACCACUUACAUCGCGCAUCUGACCCGGACUCUGCAGGAGGAAGGCGCGGAGGAGAGCGCGCAGCAGGCCGAGGCGCUGACCUCCCUGAAGGGGGACGGAUACCUGCACCCUGUCAAGAAAUGGCCCAUGAGGUCCAGACUGUACGUGGGAGCCAGCGGACAGUUCCUGAACAGAAACCCUCCAGAGUCGGAGAACCAAGGACCCUCAUCCUCCUCCACCUCCCGCAACAACAAAGACUAAAAGCAUUUUUAUUAAAUAUAGGCAUGACUCCUACAGCAGCAGCAGCAGCAGCAGCCUCGUGAUGUGGAGCUCCACUAUAAGACAUUGUAAAUUAAUAUAUUAUUGUAUAGAUUGUGUGUUUCUGUGUUGUUGUGAUAGUGUGUCUGCUGUUACAUGUUCUGCAGAAAUUCCACGAGUGAAGAGCCGUCAUGCUUCAGCUGAAACAGUUGCACUAAAUGCAUGUGUGUGAAAAACUAGACAUCUGUCAUGUGAAGUGGUCUGUCAGGGGGACACAAAGAGGGUCUCAU